GUAACACUAAGCGUAAUAAAGUCGACGGCGUAGGAACGUAAUAAAUCGGUGUCUCCAAGGAAAUAAUAUUGAUGUUUUAUGUUUUUUAUUAAAUUUUGAGGAAUGAGGGAUGUAUUGCUCAAUUUUUGAAGAUUGAUUUAUUACGGAGGACGUCCGAAGACAUAAAAAAAUGUUAAGAAAUCAGUGUAUAACAUAUCCUAAACAAGGUAGCCAUGGAUCCUAAAGAAUUAAGGGCCAACGCACCACUCAGUAUAAGCUUAAGUGAUGACAGUACUAAAUAUGUCCACAGCAGCCCAACGCUGCCAGGUAACAAAAGCAAAUCAUAUCAUGAAAUUGGAUCAAACUCAAUGGGCAAGGUGGAUGCGGCGGCCGCGCGGCCGUGCGCUAUUAUUGGACCUGAUCGGGUGCUCACUCAAACCUCUAGUGAUGUUUAUUUAAAAAAAGCGCCAGUUGAACCUUGGCCUUGUUCAGAUAAUACAUACCGUCAACCACCUGAUUACCCAAAUAAGUUAUCCGAAUAUCCCCCUAUCAGGAACAUAUCACCAAGACAAACAUUCCAAGAAAAUAUGCAGCGUGUAAUGGUUCCACCUUCAUAUAAUUCCAUAAAAAAUAGUGAUGAAAGUAGUUUAAAAAAUUCAAAGUUAAAUAUGCCACAAGAGGCUAAAUACUGUGAUGUGCCUUAUAAUAUGAAUUCUGUGACCAAUGAACUAAAAAGUGUUAGAAAUGCUGACAUGCCUAUGUCUAGUGUUAAUCCUGCUUAUAGUAGAGCAGUACCGCAUUAUGGGUGGCCUGCUGGUGUUAGUAUUCGGCCUCCGAGACCUUAUGGUGCUCCUGAAAUUUACCAGUUUCAAGAAUAUCCCGGUGGUGUUGGUCCAAGACCUGUGACAAUACCACAUCCUCACAGGGUACAUCGUGAAGAAGCUGCUCAAGUUUAUUCGGAACGUUUUUAUCAAGAAGCUAAUAUACGGUUUAAGCCAUACCCUGUUUUGAAAGAAAAGCAUCAACAAUCAAGGUAUGACUAUAUAAAUAAUUAUCAAAAUAAUUUUCAUCCACCUGUGUCAUUCACACCUCACAAAUAUGAUUUACAAAAAUCAAUACACCCGCAUCCAUAUCCGGUCUAUUCCCAAGUACCGUUAAAAUACCUGGAUAGAAGAGUCCAUGAAUCUUUUGUAGAUGGUUACCAAAGAUCUAAUCAACAACCAAAUUUUAAUCCUCAAUUUCAUAACCAAGUUAUUCACCCUUCGUACGGUCCAACAUCAGGGAAUUGCAUACAAAAUAAGUCUUUUACAGAUUUACCAGCUAAAGCAAUGGCUGCAAAUAAGUUGCCAUAUGAAACUAAUAACAAAAUUUAUGUUGAGUUAGAUACUUCUCGUAACAAAGGUUACCCCAUGCCUGAGAAUGUUUAUUAUAAUGAAAUUAAUCAUACACAGCAUAUGAGGAGUGAAAUUUUAUUACAAAAUCACCCCACAUUGAAUAUGCAUUCUAUGCCACAACAUCAAAUCUAUAGAAGAGAGAAUAUACCUUUAAAACAUUAUGAGUAUAAUGUUCAUCAUAGGAAUAUAGAUCAGUCUGUAAAUUUAAAUUAUUCAUUACCAAGAAUACCUUUACAAUUUUCACCAAACACUGUUGCUAUUUCUCCUUCUGACUCAAACACUAGUAAUGAUACUGCACAUACUGUAGGAACGGGUCAAGAGGACUGUGGGUAUGUAAGCCAAUCAUCGACUAACAGUGCGAGAAGUUUGGAUGCUAACAAUAUGUCAGCUCAUAAAGAAAGAUACAGAAGACAUGACUAUAACAACCAAACAAUUCAUCGAAAUGUCUUACAUAUUAAUAAUUCUGAAAAAAACCCUAAAAAUAAAAUAAAUUCUUCAAGCAAAAAGAAUAUUGAUGUUAGACAAUUUUUACAAAUGUGGAAUGAAGGAGAAGAUGAGGCCAGUGAAUCCAAUAAAGAGAUUGUGACACAAAUUCAUCAAAAUAAUUUUUCUAUACCAUCUAAAACGACUAAUAAUCAGGAACAACUCUAUGUUCUUGGAUUAGUAAAUGUACCUAGUGAGGAACUUAGUAAAUACGAACAUAUACAGAAAAUUUCUAAACUUCCUGAAAAUAUAAAAGGUUAUAACAACAUAGAAUUGUUAAAUCAAUAUGAAGAACUUUUGGAAUCACCAAUUAACAAUAACUUUAAAAAUAUUCAAAAAGUACAUAAAGAUCACUCAUUGUCUAAAAGACCAAAUGAUAAAGAAAUUGUAACUUUGCCACGGCCAGUUUCUCCUUUAGAUGUAGAAGCAAAAAUUAGCCAAUCUGUUAUUCAUAAAGAAGUAGGUUGUAACUUUGAAAUAAAACCUUGUAGUCCCCAAAUGUUAAAUGUAGAAGUUGCAACACCAAUACAGAGUAUAUUAGGGGAAAGAAUUAUUGAAAAAGUUGCUAACCCAAUCACUAAUAGAUCCAAGUCACCAAGGUUAUCAAUGAAUGAUGACAAUAGAAAUCAUAGUAAUAUUAAAAUUGCAAGUUGUGAUAUGAUUAGUAAACAAUAUACUGUUAAUAACUAUGCUAAUGGGAUAAAAAACAACCAUUAUAAUGUUCAAGACUUUGACAGCAAUUCCGGUAUAUGCUUAGCCUCUCUCCCAAGAUUAGAUAAUGACAUCGAGCUUAAUUUUCCUGAAAUUAAUCAACAAUUUAUAAAAGCAAAUAAAAUUGAAUCUGAAUCACAUCUGUUUCAAAAGGAUUUAGUGCAAUUGAAUUUAGACCAAGUCAGCCAUGAAAAGAACAAUUUCCAACAAAACAGUACUAACUUACCGUCACAAUUUUGUUUGGGUUCUGCGCCUGAAAAAGAAUUUUCCAAGUUAAGUAAAUAUAGGAAGAACAAAAAAUGCGAUUUAAUUUCUAAAGAAGAUAUUCUAGAAAAAAGCAAUGUAGGUACAGCACAGCAGCGAAUAAACAGUGUAAUUAUAAAAAAUCCAGAUACUAAAUUACCUGAAGAUACUAAUAACUCUUGCUCAACUACCAACAACACUUUGAGUGAGAAUAUAAAUAACAACUAUAAUACGGAUCAAAAUUCUGAAAACCUUCUUUCUUCUUUACUGCCUGAUAACAGUGAAAAUAGCAAAAUGUUGUCUUUCGACACAGCUAUUGAUUUUAGCUUAAAUAAAACUGAAGAAACGAAAUCGUACGAUUGCCUUAGUAAAUGUAAUGAUGAACCAGAUUACUUUAGUGAUAAUGAGAAUAUAAAUUUUACAUCAGUAAUUGAUAAAGAAAUUAUAUCAAAAGAUCAACCUAUAGAAUUACAAAUAAAAGAGAUAAAAGAAAUUGAAACCAUUGAAGAUGUUACUAUUAACAAUAAUGCAUUGAUAUCUUAUGAAAUGGCGAUAGAUAACCCAAACAAAGAAAAUAGUAUCCCUGUUAUAAAAAACAUUUCAAAUAUAACUGAAAUUGAAGAGUAUGCUAAUCUACAACAAAAUAGUACAGGUGAUAUAAUCCAGGGAAACGACUGCUUAGGUGUAUCCUUCACUGUAUCGGAAACAGUUGAUGAAGAAAAUAUAAAAAAUAAUCAAAUAUUUACAACAAUUCCGGAUGUAAUCAGUGAUAAAGUAGAAAAUUACCUUGAGAAAAACUUAGAGACUAUCGAAUAUGAGUCUACACUAGACUCCGAUGAAAAAGAAGUUGAAAGUAAUAGUGAUACAAUCACCGCAAACGAAAAUAAAUGUGAUGAUGAUGAUAAAAUGCAUGUCAUGAUAGAAACUGAAGCUGAAACUACCGAGGAUAAAAAUAUUAACAUUAUCACUGCAAGAGAAAACAGUACGAUAGAGACUGUACUUAGUAAAGUCAUUAAAAACAAAAUUAAUGAAGGAUCUAUUUUGCAAAAUGCAACGUCAGUAGAAAGUAAUAAAGAAGAUUUAACUGGAGUUUUUGAUGAAAUAAAAGAAAUUGUAAAUAGUACGAAAAAUAAAAAUGGCGAAGAAGAAAAAAUCUUAAUGCCAGAUAUAAUUGAAACAAAAGAUAUAAAUGAGGAACUUGAGCAGCUUCAGUAUGUGAAAUCUUAUCCUAUAAAUGACCAUUUAGAAGUAAAUUAUAAAACCUACGAUUAUAAUGCCAUACCAAAAUUGAAAGAUUCUUUAUUGAAAGACAGUAGUCAAGACACAAACAUGAUUGAAACGAAGGUGAAUGACUACAUGACCAUAUUAGAUUCAUCCGAAUCUAGUAGUAACUGUGAAAAACGAAUAACCCAUUCGCCACUCAAUAAUGUUGACUUAAAAAGUUCAGAAAAGAAGGAAGAGGAACUUUCAAAUCGGAAUCAAGACAAAAAUUGCAAUAACGAAAAAUUAGUUCCGUGUACAAAUAUCAAUAAUGAAAAACUAAAAGACAAUCAAGAAAUUAGCCCUAGUAAAGAAAAAGAAAAUAUUAAAAAUGAUGUUGAAGAGUUCAGCAGUAAGCUGAAAAUGACUAAAGCUAUUAAAAGUCCAUAUAGAAAAAGAAAAUACAGUUAUUUUGCCAAAGAACUUUAUUCAUCUAGAAUUCAAAAACUUCUUACAUUCCAUGAAGGGAUUUGCAAAGUAAUAUCAAAUAAUGUUUUUGAAACAACAGAAAAACUAACCAAAGCAAAUACUUCAGACGUAAUAUUAAACGAAGAUGUGAAAAAAGAAAGCAAAGACGUAGAAAUAAAGAGUGCUGUGCAAAAUGAUGUAUAUGAUAUCAUAGAUGUCCCUGAAAGUUGUGCAAACGAAGAUCAAAUAAUUAAUUGUGGUUCUUUUAAAGCCCAAAGAGACGGCAAAGAUUUAAAAAAAAGUACUGGUGAUGAAACAUUUCUUAAUGAGGAAAACUGUACAAAAACGACAAAUUGCGCCCCUCUUAUGCGACUAAAUGUUUUAAAAAGAUCUUUAUCAGAAUCAGCAUUAGGAGAUUACGAAGAAAAUGAAAACCUUUCACUCUUUGCUCCUACCAAACGUAAAAAAAGAAAUCAUAACAUUGUAAACCCUGUGAUUUCAGAAGAAUUGUGUAGUAUAAUACAAACUAACCGAAGAAAUUCUAUAUCGACAUUCUACAAUGACGACAACGUAUUUAUACUUAUAGACAAUGAUAUAAUUAUAACCGAAGAACAAGAUGAUACAGACAAAAUGUACUACACUGAAAUACCCGAUGAUAUAUCAAAUAAUAUUACGCAAAAUGAUUUUUCAAAUAAUGAAAAUACUACUUUAAACACAGAAAUGGUUUCAGUUGAGCCAGAUCUGCUCUGUGAGUAUUCGAAUAAUAUAAAUUUCAUUGAAGAAAAAACCGUCGAAGAAUCAUGGGUAGAAGACGUUGCUUGUAUAGAAACAGUAGUAAGCGACGACGUAACUGAUGAUAUUGACUAUGAAAAUAUGUCACCUAAAAAGAAUAAUAUAGACGAUGAAACAGUAAGCGAUGACUCUGCUAUAUUUUGUGAUAGUAAACAUAUAGACAAAAUAAAAAACAUAUAUGGUAACAGUAUGUGUAGUAGCGAUACACAAAUACUGCAAACCUUAUAUAUGACUCCGCAAAUGAAUGUUAAUAAAACUCUUGUAGAUAUAGAAUCUCAUAGUUCAGAUAAAUAUCAAGACUAUAAGACAUUAGAUCUUUCACUGGAAAAUGAUCAUCUUGAUAAAACUGAAAAAGGGAUUCUUACAUACGACACGUGUGAAGUUACAAAUGAAAAAGAAAACAUAAGCGAAGAAGAUAUAACUAUCACAAAAAUAAAACAAAAUAAACAGAUAAACGACUUUUACGUUACAAGUGAAUAUAAUGAAGAAAAAGAAAAAUGCAUAGUGCAUUCAUGCGAAUCAAAUAAUGAUUAUUUGAUGAGUUCAACAAACGCUUUAUCUAGUUAUUCAAAUUCAAGUUCACCUGAAGUGUCUUCAACAACAUCGGAGGAGAAAAAUUCAAGCAUUUUAUUAAAAAUAACAAAUCAUAAUGGGUCUAGAGUGUCGAAAAUUAAUGAAAUUGGAUCCUUGGAUCGAUUAAGUUAUAAACUCACCGAAAAAAAGGAAUACCAGAACUAUAACACAAAUUUUAGUACGUCAGGGACAUUGAUUACAAAAGCUGCUCAAAAAUACAUACCACCUUUGAAAGAAAGCAUACGUGAUCUCAAAAUAAAACUUACCUUACCUCAACAUCGUCUUCAUACCUUGAAACAGUUACAAGUAUCCAAAGUGGAACCAAAGAUAGAUAAUAUAAUAAAAUAUAUUAAUAAUAAUACAAAAAAAGAAAUACCAAAAAAAAAGAAACCAAAAUUCGAAGAUGUUCUUAAAAGUAUAGAUGAAAUUCAAUUUAAAAAACAUAAAGACAAAAUAAAACGAGGAAAAAGUGGAAUACCAAAAGUAGUUAUAAAAAAAAGUGAAGAUGGGGCACAUUAUGCCAGUAGCAAAAGAUUCGAUCACAAAGAAACAUAUAACCCGGACCUAACCGGUAGAAAAUGGCAACCUUGGGUUUUCCUUGAAAAGAAUAAUUUCAUUGAUAAAAUGGCUAUUAAGAAAAAAGUAAACGCCGUGUAUUGUCACCGAAAAAAUAAUUACGUAUUAGCGGAAAAGUUUAGAAAAUACAAAUCAGUUUAUAAUGCCAAUUUUGUCAUAUCCCAACCUAGCUCUGACAAUGCAGCCAAGGGAACCUUGAAAUAUACAAUUAGGUUGAAGCACAAAUAAAUAAUAUUUAUGCACUUCCCUGAUUUGGACACAUGAUUUUAAGCCAUCGUGGCUGUUCCUGAUAAUACAUCCCACCACAGUACGGUCUUAAGUCUAUUAAAUACAUUCCUUUAUUGCAUCAAAGAUUUAUAUUUAUAGUUACCCAUAUAAGUUCGCUACUUAGAUUUAUUUAAAUUAUUAUUAAACAAAGCCAAAAUGUAAUACGAAGUGAUAAAUAUGUUACAAUAUAUACGCGAACUGAUCAGAUCUGUAAUUUGUUGAUUUGUUAAAAUUCUAUUGUUUUGUUACUUCUCUCAUUCCCUUUUUAAAAUAAUUAAUCGCAAAUUUUAUUUCUAUUUCCUAUUAUGUUUAUUAUUGUUAUAAUGUUUAACGUUAACGCACGGUAGCCAUAAUGAGUAUUAAUAUUGUUCAUUUUUAAAUCGUUACGAUUUAGAAACUAAGUAUUUUUGAAAUUGUAAAUAGAUAAGAUAAUUGUGUUAUUUCAUAAGUUCAAUAAUUUAUGUUUCAUUGCAAACAUAAUAUAUUUUUCUUACAACUGAGUAAUGCAGUUUGCAUUUUACAGUUGUUGAUUGAGGGUAUUGUGCGAUUAUUAAGAAACCUUUUUUUAAAAUUUGAUAUCGUAUUGCUCACGUAAAUUUUAAGCUCAUCAAAAUUUAGAAGUUAGAUGAAGAAGAAAUAUUAAUUUAAUCAAAAGUACAAAAAUCGCAGGCAGUAAAUAUUGCGAACUAAAGUUUUAUAUUUUCUCACGACAGCUGGACCAUAUUCGACAAAUUAAAUAAAAAGAGUCUUAGUCUUUAAAGCCAUGUGAUGUGUAUGUGAUUAGUGAAUUAUUAAUCGUCGUGAGUAAAAAUUGGUAGUUUGUUCUCAGUGUACAUUUCAAUACAUCUGUAAAUAUUGUACCUCUUUCCGCAGACACCGCUAAUUUAAAAAUAUUUUGUACGAUGUUUGCAUGAUUUACGAAAAAUAUCGUUUUAAUUAAAUAACCAAAUACUCAAAUAUAUAUAACGUAGCAGAAUUUAUUGUUUGCUUGAAUUGUCAUCCGUUUGAAGAUAUAUCUUCAAACAGUUGGUAAAUCUGUAUAAAGUAUUUGUUUACGAGAAGAAAAAUAAAUAGUAAAAUGAAACACGAAGUGCCUGUUAACUAAUGUAAUUAAAACAAUAUAAAAUAAUUCUUAAAAAUAUAUUUAUUUAAAACCAAAUUAAUAUUUACAUUGUUCGUUAUCA